UACAGGUACUCCAGGGGUUGGGAAAACCACACUAGGCAAAGAACUUGCAUCAAGAUCAGGACUGAAAUACGUUAAUGUGGGUGAUUUAGCUCGAGAAGUGAUCUAAAGUUUGAUCACCGGAUAUCAUGGAGUCUGGCAAGAUGGCUUCUCCCAAGAGCAUGCCGAAAGAUGCACAGAUGAUGGCACAAAUCCUGAAGGAUAUGGGGAUUACAGAAUAUGAGCCAAGAGUUAUAAAUCAGAUGUUGGAGUUUGCAUUCCGAUAUGUGACCACAAUUCUAGAUGAUGCAAAGAUUUAUUCGAGCCAUGCUAAGAAAGCUACUGUUGAUGCAGACGAUGUGCGGUUGGCAAUCCAGUGUCGUGCUGACCAGUCUUUUACUUCUCCUCCCCCAAGAGAUUUUUUAUUAGAUAUUGCAAGGCAAAGAAAUCAAACCCCUUUGCCAUUGAUCAAACCAUAUUCAGGUCCUAGAUUGCCACCUGAUAGGUACUGUUUAACCGCUCCGAACUAUAGGCUUAAGUCUUUGCAGAAAAAGGCGUCUACUUCUGCAGGAAGAAUAACGGUUCCGCGGUUAAGUGUUGGGUCAGUUACUAGCAGACCAAGUACUCCCACACUAGGCACCCCAACUCCACAGACCAUGUCUGUUUCUACUAAAGUAGCUACUCCAAUGUCCCUCACAGGACAGAGGUUCACAGUACAGAUGCCUGCUUCACAGUCACCCGCUGUGAAGGCAUCAAUUCCUGCAACAUCAGCAGUUCAGAAUGUUCUCAUUAAUCCAUCGUUAAUUGGGUCCAAAAACAUUCUUAUUACCACUAAUAUGGUGUCAUCACAGAAUACUGCCAGUGAAACAAAUGCAUUGAAAAGAAAACGUGACGAUGAUGAUGACGAUGACGAUGAUGAUGAUGAUGACUAUGAUAAUUUGUAAUCUAACCUUGAUGCAUGUCAUGUGUACUUGGUCUUGAAUCCAUUGUACUGAAAUUAAACAAGUAUGUUUGAUGUUUUCAAGUUGUGUUUGAGAAAACCUGUAUAGUAUUUAAGUAUAUAUAAGUAUAGUUUUCAGUUGAAAUGUUGGAUUUUCUUUAAUAAGAUUAGUAGUGGUUUUUCAUCAGCCUUUAAGUGUAAAAAAUAAAGUUGUUUAUCUGUUUGA